AUGAACCAAGAGAGGAAUGAGGACGCAGGACGAAAGGGAAGAAGUCGAGAUAGGAGGAGGGAUUUGUUCCUCGAAAUUUUCAGGGGGGGACCAGGAACACACUUUUGUUCUGGCAAAAAAAAUUUCUUCCUAGAAACAAAUACCCUAGAGUUAGACAUAAAAAAGGAGUUUUUAAAAAAUGUGGAUUGCCCAUCGUCCUUUCUGUCCAAAAUUUCUUUUUUCAAAAAAAAACUUUUUAAUGAUUUUUUUAUUUUGAAAAAGGAGGAAAUUAAAAAACGAUUAUGGAACAGCUAUGAGGAGGUCAUAGACAAUUUAGGGGACGAAGACGUGAGGGAAGUGUUUAAAAAAAUUAAUGAAUUUACCUCAAGGGAAAGGGACAAUGAAGAAUUGUUCCUUCGUUAUUUGCACGACCUUGGGAAGGGUACCAUCAGGAGGGGACGCACAAAGGGCAGGACGAAGGAGAAGAAGGAGAAGACGGAGAAGACGGAGAUGAAAAAGGAACAAACCUCUUUGGCGACUUCACCAGAACAGGAGGCAACGUCUACCCCUCCAUGCCUGAAGUGUAACUGCCCUGGUGGAGGUGAAACGAAAUGUGAUGUCUCAGAGACAGGCGAAGCAGCACCACUGGGAGGCCCACCUAAUGUAGACCCACAGAACAUACUCGCCAAUAUGAUGCACUCAAGUGAGUACGGACAAAAAAAUGUGAAAAAAAUUAGUAAAAGGUUGAACGACCUGUGGGACAUGUACAUGACGAGCGGUUUUCAAAAUUGGCAGAAGGGUCAGCGUGAGGAGGUAACGACAGAAAUUUUGCAAAAGAUUGUCCAGAGGGGGCGCCAAGAAAUUGAUUUUUUGGAAGGCGCCAAGAGGGUUCACAUGGGUUCAGUUGCCAGAGUGUUGAGACAAAAAGGGAUAAGGAGCAGGGGUGGUGGGGACAGAACUGGUUCCACACGAGGUGAACAAAUCAAUGCUGCCGAGGCUAGCCGAAGGGGAAGUACCAAGUGUUCCACCCCGAUGGACACGACCUUGACCAACCCGAUCAGCUCCGUGGGUGGUGGCUUCACCGCAGUUAGUGCACUCUCCAGUGGUGCGAAAAAUUUCGUUAACGUAACAGGAAGGGAGACGUCCAACAGUAGAAGCAGCAUCUUCGGAAAUAGGGCUGCCAGUAGUAAGGACAACCAAGGGGAACAUGCAAACGCCAUUGUGGGAAAAUCCGACCAGGCGCAGGGCCUCAAAGAAGAAACAAGCUUCACUCAUUUAGGGGUCAAGGGAGGAGCGGUCAAGCCCACUGGCAUUCAGACCUUUGGCAAGAUAGGCUGCAGUGGUGUAGCAUACCCCAUCGGUGUAGCCGAUGAACCUGGUUCGAACAGGGCCAGCCGUAGCUCCGUCCCUGUCAGGAACCCCCGCACUUCGGAUACCGCUCACACACCCAACUCCUCCCUGGCGUCGUAUAUGCUGAACCCGCAAGACCUGACAGAGACGAACAACACAGAUAAGGCGCACCACAUCAACUAUACCGUUGACGGAGUGUAUAGUGUGUGUAGCACGAAGAGGGUGAGCGGCCUGUAUAGCGCGGACAUGAAGGAGGGUACCGUUACCAAGCUUUCCCGGGAUAGCAUUAUUCGAAUCAGGAAAGAAAUUUCGAGCAAGGCAAAGCUAAGGAGUACCAAGGUCGAAACAAAGAAAUGUGGACAAAGGGUUCACGAAAUAUUAAUCAACUCACUUAAAGGAGAGAUAAAAAUGAAAGUAAAAAAUUUUGUGAAAGUACAUCAAGUAGGUCAAGGAGCUUAUGGAGAUGUGUGGAUGGCUGAAGACAUUACAAACAACAAGAGGGUGGCCUUGAAGAAAUUAAAAAUAAAUGGAAACAAAGAGGGACUAGCCAAAACAUACAUAAGAGAAAUCUCCAUUUUGAAUUCCUUAAAGCAUAAAAAUAUUGUGGAGUUAAUGGGGGUGGUUUACACCAAACUACCCCCCAGUGAGGACUUGCCAGAGUUGCCCUGCGGCCCAACCACGUCGGAGCGGUUACACGAGCUACAGGGAUUGAAGCAAGUACGGCGGGGAGCCUCCUCUAAGUUAAUGAGCGGCGCUGUGAGGCGGUCCUCGUCCCGCACGUCUCUCGCCAGGUCAGUUUCCCCCUCGAAGGCCUCCUGCGCGGGGGGUGCGGUUGCCCUUUCGUCGAGAUCACCGUCCCGCUCAUCGUCCCACUCGUCAUCAUCAUCGUCUUCCUCCUCCGUGGCUUCUUCUUCCUCUUCCCUGCCGUCGUUCCGCAAGAAGGCCGAGGCGAACUCGUCCAUUUGGAUGGUGUUCGAGUACGUGCCGUUCGACCUAUCAGGGUACAGCGAGCUCCUAAGAGAUGAAAGAGCCCAAAAGGACAGAUAUAAAAAUGGAAAUCUUUUCACCAUAGGAGAGGUGAAGAAUAUUUUCCUGCAGCUAUUAAGAGCAUUAAAUUAUUGUCACAAAAAUAAUAUAAUUCACCGAGAUGUCAAAAUAGCUAAUUUACUAAUUGAUAAAAAUGGAAUCUUAAAGCUAGCUGAUUUUGGUCUAGCAAGAUUCCAUGCAGAUGUAACUCCCUCAAAUAUGACAAACAGAGUUAUUACCCUUUGGUACAGACCCCCAGAAUUGCUACUCGGAUCAAAUUAUUAUUCUUCGUCAGUGGAUAUGUGGAGCUGUGGAUGUGUAUUAGCAGAGCUCCUUACCAGUAACCCUAUUUUCUCAGCAGACAAUGAAACAGACAUUUUGAGAAUCAUUCUGAAUAAAAUAGGAGCACCCACAAAUAGGGAAAUGAAAUUGCUAAGACAUUUACCCAAUUGGAACAACCCAAUUUUAAAUCCUGUGCACCCAAAUAAUUUGAACAAGAUAAAUCAAAAUAAAAAAAAUGAAGUAGAAAAUGCAAUUAGAAGUAUACCAGGAGUAGGAGAUGUAGGAUUAGAUUUAAUAAAAAAUUUGCUAAAAUGGAAUCCCUUUGAGAGGUUGUCUGCCCUACAGGCAAUGCACCACCCUUGGUUCACCACCUACCCUUUACCAGAAAAAGUAAGCGAACGAAAUAAUAUAAAAGCUGCUCAUAGUUUCAUGACAAAGAAUUUUAAAAAGAGAGACACUUCUAAAUUAAACUAUAGGAAGAUACAGGAAAAUUUCAGAUUCGUAAAUGUGGGCAAUUACAGGAGGGCUGUUUUCUACAGUAGAUAUGGCGAGGUGCUUAUGCGCUCCGCUGCUGCUGCGUCGUCUGGACGCGGCCACCCCCCUGCACCCGCAACCACCCCGACAACGAUACCCCCAAUCGCGGAGGAAAAUAAGGACAAUCAGGAGAAUAAAGAGAAUCAAGGAGUUCACAACAAAAGGAACGCAGAAAAGGUGCAAAGUGUGAUGGAGACAAACAAGCAGACACAGCACCACGCCAGUGGCAAGGAAAGACGGAGAAGGGAAGCAACGCCCCCCCAUAGGUAUAACCCUGAUGCGAUAACCAAUUCAAGUAGGACUGAGCUAAGUACACGAGCUCCUCCAGGUGAUGCUUUUAAAAAAUCUGAUCAUCGCCACUCAGCUGUAGAGAGGGAAAAGAAACCGUCCUUAAAAGAUCGCGAUAGGGGAGCAGAUGUGAAGGAGAAAAAAGGGAAUAAUUAUAAAGUGAAGGAACAGCACAUGGAGGAGGACGACGAUCAUGGACAAUACGGUCGAUAUGGAACACAGCGGGAUGGUAGCUUCCGCGGAGAUACCCGGUGGAGACGCGAGAGGAGUUCUGAAAGCAGCAGGCACUCGUCAAUUCGGGAUGGUGGGUACCCUACUCAUAGUUACCACGGAAGGUCGGGCAAAAUCAGGGACAGCACAAGUAGGGUAGAGAGGAGGAGCAUACACGAUAGGAGUAGGGAAAGGGAGUGGUACAAAAGAGACUACGUGGAAAGGGAGAGGAAAAGAGACAGGGAGUGGGAAAGGGACUGGGAGCGCGACAAGCGCAGGGACACGGGAAGGGAUUCAGGCAGGGGAAAGGAACGGGAAAGGGACCGAUAUAAAGAGAGGGACAGGGAAGGAGACAGAGAUAGAGAUCGAGAUAGGGAACGAGACCGAGAUAGGGAACGAGACCGAGAAAGGGAUCGAGAUAGAGACAGAGAUCGAGAACGAGAAAGAGACCGCGAACGAGACCGAGAACGGGACCGAGACAGGGAAAGGGAACGCGAACGGGACCGAGACCGAGAAAGAGAUCGCGAACGAGAGUCGAAUAAACGGAGAAGCAGAGAAAAACCAAGCAGAAACGAAGAGCACCAACUGAAGGAACAGAAAAAACACAAAUUGGAUGCAGAGGAUGCCAAGCGGGAGCGAAAAAGAAAGCUAUAA